CGCGAGCCACGCCGCGGGAGCAGGGCGGGGUCUGCGGGGCUCACUAAGGAGGCCGUCGGGCCAGGCGGGGCGGGGCGGGGCGCGCGGAGCGUGUGUCCCCGCCCUGCACGCUGCUCGGCCGGGUGGCCGCUAGAGGCGGGCGGACCCGCGCGGGCGCAGCGGAGCGCGCGGGCGGCCUUGGCCCCCGCGGAAGCGCGGCUGCGGCGCUCGAAACCGGGGGCGACUGGUGGUUGGGAGACCGCCUUCGCCUGCGUCGCUGCCUGAGCGGGAUCGCCUUCCCCAGGGAUGUGAGGGGCCGCGGCUCGGCCGGCCGGGCCCGGAGCGUCGCGGAGGCCGACUGCAGACGCUCCGCCCACUUUGGCCUGGACCCAGACUCCAGGGGCUAAAAAUAAUUGCCCAGAGGCUCCAGAGAGGAAUCAGAUCGCGCUAAGUAGGGCACAACGCAGAGGCGACAGAGCUCCUCGGCCCCAGGGAGCCCAGAGCAGUCUCCCGAGCGUGGUCCCGCCCACGCUCUACUCAGCAGCUAGCGCCCUCCCUCUCCCUGCCAGGGGUGUGUGGAGGCCAGUAUGAAGCUGAAAAAGCAGGUGACAGUGUGUGGGGCUGCUAUCUUCUGCGUGGCAGUCUUUUCGCUCUACCUCAUGCUGGACCGAGUGCAGCAUGAUCCCACCCGACACCAGAAUGGUGGGAACUUCCCCCGGAGCCAAAUUUCUGUGCUGCAGAAUCGCAUUGAGCAGCUGGAACAGCUGUUGGAAGAGAAUCACGAAAUUAUCAGCCACAUCAAGGACUCUGUGCUGGAGCUGACAGCCAAUGCAGAAGGCCCACCUGUCCUACUGCCCUACCACACAGCCAAUGGAUCCUGGGUGGUGCCCCCGGAGCCCCGGCCCAGCUUCUUCUCCAUCUCCCCCCAGGAUUGCCAGUUUGCUUUGGAGGACCGGGGCCAGAAGCCAGAGCUACAGAUGCUAACUGUGUCAGAAGAGUUGCCAUUUGACAAUGUGGAGGGUGGCGUGUGGAGGCAAGGCUUUGACAUCUCCUACAGCCCACAUGACUGGGAUACUGAAGAUCUGCAGGUGUUUGUGGUGCCCCACUCACACAAUGACCCAGGCUGGAUCAAGACCUUUGACAAGUACUACACAGAGCAGACCCAACACAUCCUCAACAGCAUGGUAUCCAAGCUACAGGAGGACCCCCGGCGGCGCUUCCUCUGGGCAGAAGUCUCCUUCUUCGCCAAGUGGUGGGACAACAUCAAUGUCCAAAAGAGAGCAGCAGUCCGAAGGCUGGUAGGAAAUGGGCAGCUAGAGAUUGCAACAGGAGGCUGGGUGAUGCCAGAUGAGGCCAACUCCCAUUACUUUGCGUUGAUUGACCAGCUUAUUGAGGGACACCAGUGGCUGGAGAGAAACCUUGGUGCAACCCCACGCUCUGGCUGGGCAGUAGACCCAUUUGGACACAGCUCCACCAUGCCUUACCUGCUGCGCCGUGCCAACCUGACCAGUAUGCUGAUCCAGAGGGUGCAUUAUGCCAUUAAGAAGCAUUUUGCUGCCACCCACAGCUUGGAGUUCAUGUGGAGACAGACUUGGGACUCGGAUGCCAGCACAGACAUCUUUUGCCACAUGAUGCCCUUCUACAGCUAUGAUGUUCCUCAUACCUGUGGCCCAGAUCCCAAGAUCUGCUGCCAGUUUGAUUUCAAACGCCUGCCUGGUGGACGCAUCAACUGCCCUUGGAAAGUGCCGCCCCGGGCCAUCACAGAGGCCAAUGUGGCAGAGAGGGCGGCCCUGCUCUUGGACCAGUACAGGAAGAAGUCCCGGCUCUUCCGAAGCAACGUCCUCUUGGUGCCACUGGGUGAUGACUUCCGGUAUGACAAGCCCCAGGAAUGGGAUGCCCAGUUCUUCAACUACCAGCGACUCUUUGACUUCCUCAACAGCAAACCUGAACUCCAUGUGCAGGCCCAGUUCGGCACCCUUUCUGACUAUUUUGACGCUCUGUACAAGAGGACAGGUGUGGAACCAGGGGUCCGGCCCCCAGGGUUUCCUGUGCUGAGCGGAGAUUUCUUCUCCUACGCGGACCGCGAGGACCACUACUGGACAGGCUAUUAUACUUCUAGACCUUUCUACAAGAGUUUGGACCGAGUCCUGGAGGCCCACCUGCGGGGGGCAGAGAUUCUGUAUAGCCUGGCUGUGGCCCACGCCCGCCGCUCUGGACUGGCCAGCCAGUACCCACUGUCUGACUUCACCCUGCUGACGGAAGCUCGGCGCACACUGGGGCUCUUUCAGCAUCAUGACGCCAUCACUGGAACUGCCAAGGAGGCAGUGGUGGUGGACUAUGGUGUCAGGCUCCUGCGUUCCCUAGUCAGCCUGAAGCAGGUCAUCAUCAACGCAGCUCACUAUCUGGUGCUGGGGGACAAGGAAACCUACCACUUUGACCCUGAGGCUCCCUUCCUCCAAAUGGAUGAUACCCGCUUAAAUCAUGAUGCCCUGCCAGAGCGCACAGUGAUCCAGCUGGAUUCCUCACCCAGGUUUGUGGUGCUAUUCAACCCACUGGAACAGGAGCGGCUCAGUGUGGUAUCCCUGUUGGUCAACUCACCCCGGGUGCGUGUCCUUUCAGAGGAAGGUCAGCCCCUGGCUGUGCAGAUCAGUGCGCACUGGAGCUCUGCCACUGACAUGGUCCCCAAUGUCUACCAGGUAUCUGUGCCUAUCCGUCUGCCAGCCCUGGGUCUAGGUGUGCUGCAGCUACAACUGGGCCUGGAUGGGCAUCGCACACUGCCCUCCUCUGUGCGGGUCUACCUGCAUGGCCGGCAGCUGUCUGUGAGCCGGCAUGAAGCAUUUCCUCUCCAUGUCAUUGACUCGGGCACCAGUGACUUUGCUCUCAGCAACCGCUACAUGCAGGUCUGGUUCUCAGGCCUUACCGGGCUCCCCAAGAGCAUCCGAAGGGUGGAUGAGGAGCAGGACCAGCUGAUGAACAUGGAAUUCCUCAUCUAUGGCACCCGUACAUCCAAAGACAAGAGUGGAGCCUACCUCUUCCUGCCUGACGGCGAGGCCAAGCCCUAUGUCCCCAAGGACUCCCCUGUGCUGCGUGUCACUGAAGGCCCUUUCUUCUCAGAGGUGGUUGCAUAUUAUGAACACGUUCACCAGGUGGUUCGACUUUAUAACCUGCCUGGGGUGGAGGGGCUGUCUCUGGAUGUGUCGUCCCUGGUGGACAUCCGGGACUACGUCAACAAGGAGCUUGCCCUACGCAUCCACACAGAUAUUGACAGCCAGGGAACCUUCUUCACAGAUCUCAAUGGCUUUCAGGUGCAGCCCCGGCGGUAUCUAAAGAAGCUGCCCCUACAGGCUAACUUCUACCCCAUGCCAGUUAUGGCCUACAUCCAGGAUGCACAGAAGCGCCUCACACUACACACUGCCCAGGCCUUGGGUGUCUCCAGCCUCAGGGAUGGCCAGCUGGAGGUGAUCUUGGACCGUCGGCUAAUGCAGGAUGACAACCGGGGACUAGGCCAAGGACUCAAAGACAACAAGAGAACCCGCAACUGUUUCCGCCUCCUGUUAGAACGACGAACUGUGGGCAGUGAGCCAGGCUAUUUCUCCAAACUGGCAGCCAUGUUUAGGGACUUGAUCUUUCACAGCAGCAGAAGCAAUGACCAAGAGGUCCAAGAAGGCCGCUCUACCAGCUACCCAUCCCUCCUCAGCCACCUGACCUCGGCGUACCUGAACACCCCUGUGCUUGCCCUGCCCGUAGCCAAGAGGCAGCUCCCAGGCUCUGGUCUGCACUCAUUUCAUCCUCUGGCUUCCGCACUGCCCUGUGACUUCCACUUGCUCAACCUGCGUACACUCCCAGGCGAGGAGGAUAACUUGCCCUCAGCAAACACUGCAUUCAUCUUGCACCGCAAGGGUUUUGACUGCAGCCUUGAGGCAAAGAACCUGGGCUUCAACUGUACCACAAGCCAGGGCAAGGUAGCUCUGGGUAGCCUUUUCCGUGGCCUGGAUGUGGGGUUCCUACAGCCAACCUCCUUGACACUAUUGUACCCUCUAGCCUCACCCUCCAACAGCACUGACAUCUACCUGGAACCCAUGGAGAUUGCCACCUUUCGCCUCCGUUUGGGUUAGGGUUUCUUGUGGCCUGAAGACAAAGUUCAUCCACAGAGACUGCCUCUUAACACUGAGAAUGGGUUGGACAAGCCUCCAGAACUUGACAGACUGAGCUGUACCCUCAUCUUGUUUAUUGUUGCUUCUGUAUUUGGGGCAAUGCCCAGUGGUGGGCAGGUAGGGCAGAUGCUGGUAAGAUGAGGGAGAGGAGGCCAUUGUUCAGGGUUGGCAGUGCCAGACUCUACUCUGGGUUGUGAGUGGCCAUGUGCCUGAGCACAAGCUCAGGCACUCAUCCUUUUCCCAAGGUGGGAUGUGGGAGGAACAGGGGCAGACAGGUCAGGGAAGCUAAGUGGGUAAGGCCCAGUGCCAGAUAACUGCAGAGGAGAGCUUACUCCACAGGAAUCCUGUGGUGGUGCAGAGACUAUGUAUCCUGGUAUGAGGAGCUAGAUCACUGGGAAGAGAGGGAUGAGGACCCACAGUUAGCAGUGGGAUGGAGGAGUAGAAGGAACCCCUGUUUCUCCUAAGAGCCUGAAGGCUUCACUGCUUUCCUGUGAUGGCUCUACCCUAAAUGCCACUGGGUCUGCACAUCCUGGCUGGGGGCUGCAGGAUGGCAGGAAGGACUCACUAGAGACUUAUGGCCAGAGGACACAACAUUUCAGAUACCAAAACCCCCAUCUAAAACUGGGCAGGUGGUCUGUGUGUGGAUUUAUGGGAUUGGUGGCUGGGACUUGGGGGUGGUCCUCCACCCUACCUGACUACUCUUUGUUCCUGUUACUCCCUGCACCACUGCCCCCGAGAACUUCCUAUCAUGGGGGCAGACUUCCCCCAUGAGGCCUGGCAAACUUCCAUUUACCCGAAAAGAAAGUGAAACCUCCAAGACCUCCCAUGCUUGGGCAACUUGAGAAGACUAGCAGGUCUUGAAGCCUUACCUUUGGCCCAUCCUUUUACAGUAUUCAGUUCUUGGCAUGGGGAUGAAGGAUAUGUAGACUAAAUUAGGAAGCAAUAGGACUGCUCAUGAAUCUUCAUUUCAGCUUCAAAUAAUAAGAGAAAAAUUUAUAAUAGUCUCUAUAGAUGCUGAAAAGAUUUGGUAAAAUUUAAAAUCCACCCUUAGGGCUGGGGAUGUGGCUCAGUGGGUAGAAUGUUUGCCUUAGCAAGCAUGAGGCUCUGGGUUUGAUCCUCAGCACCAUAAAAAUAAAAUUACCCCUUAUUAAAAUUAAGACUAGAAAGAAACUUCCUAAUUUAGAUAAAGGUCUAUAUCAGAAACUGAGAGUUAAUGGCAUUCUGAAGAGUCAAACACCACAAGCAUUUCCAUGAGGGUCAGAAACUAGCAAGGAGGGGCUGGGAAUACAGGGCAUUUGGUAGAGUGCUUGGCUUGCAAGUCCAAGGCCCUGGGUUCAAUCCCCAGCACCACCAAAACAAAACAAAAAAAACUAGCCAGGAGCACACAUGUGCAACAAGGAAAUGAAGGAGGUAAGGAAGGAUUAUACUUGCCAUCAUCUGUAGACACUAAAGCAGCCUACUUGUGAAAUCCAGCAGAAUUGACUGAAGACCUAGGGAGCAUUCUGUAAAUUGAGCCAGUGCUACACAUGUUCCUAUAAAAACUGGUUCUCCCUAAAUCAGCUCAAAUUCAACAUAAUUCCAAUGAGAUUAGAUGCUUUUUUAAAUUCAGUAGGUUCUGAAGUUGAUUUGGAAGAGUAAAGAAAGGUGUGACAAUAUCACACCUUGUUCUCUGAAUGGUGAUGAGUUGUGGUGGUGCUGAGGUGGGUAAAAGGCACUUGUCCUACCAGAUUUCCCAGAGGAUGCUCUUACUAGCAAGAAUUUAAUUGGUAUGACAGACUGGAUCAGACAAACCUAUGGGACAAUAUACAGAGUCCAGAAACAGGCCCAGGUACAUAGGGAUUUAGUAUACGAUAAUUUUUUUUUUAAAUGGAGUAUUUUAAAUGGGGGAAAAGAUGGAUUAUUUAAUAAAUAAUACUUUGAGAUGACUUAUUAGAGUUAAGAUCUCUACCUCAGUUUCCACAAAAAUCAGUUUGAAAGGGGAAGAAAACAAAUUACUCAAGAAAAUAUAUUUUUGUAACUGAUGUGGGAGGUCUUUUGAAAAUAUGAAACCAAAAAGAAAACAUUUUACCAGACAAUUGAGUUUAUGUGCUAUGAGAAACAUCAAGGUUGAAACAAUGUCAGAUACAGGAGAAAAUAUUUGCAGUGUAUUAAAAAUCAGUAUGAUUAGGAGAAAAGUUUGUUUCAGGGUCCCCAAAGUCACUGGGGGCCUGCCAGGAGCUACCUGAAAUCUUGAGAGUGAUAAGGCCAAGUUCUUGUGGGUUUGCCAGGGUCUCUGCGCCAACAUCAGGCCACAGCUCAUGGAAUCCUGUCCAUAACAUGAUGGAAGAACUAAGAUAAUGAAUGAAGUGCUUAGCAUAGUGCCUGGUACACAGAAGAGCUCCACAAAUAGGAGUUAUAAUCAUAUUGGUAAAGGUUGCUAAGCAAUUUAUAGCACGUGUUAUUUGCUAGUAUAUGAUUUGUAAUCAAAUGAUAGGGGAGAAUCUGUGAACCCCUAGGAAAUUAGCAGAAUAAAGGAUAUUAUCUUUGGA